CCAGAGCUCGGUUAAUGGUCCUGGAGGUGUGCAUCCAUUGCAGUUUCACAAUCUCAGGGAUGCUGUCUGUUUCAAUGAGUCCCUCUGCAUUCCCUUGCAUCCAAUGUUAGAGAGCCUGCUGAUGAUUAACUCAUGAGAAUUCCCAAAGAAGUUUACAUUUCUAAUUAAUAAAUCAAUGUUUUUAUGAUUCCCCUUUAUAUCAACGUAAAUAUGAAGGCUGCUCAACACUGAUUUUGGUGUGAAGAGGAACACACUUGGUGAGGUAAACAAGUGCUCAUGAGGGGUUAGGGGCUUAGCGAUUGGAGAGAUUAAUCCCAUGAGAUAAUGUGUACGCAUUACUCGGUCUCCACAUGUCAUGCUGCGGACGACAACUUCAGGACUCACUCAAAGGUGCGUGCUCAUUCAACACAUAAUCACAAGUGUUCCUUGCUAGAAUGAGACCUUUUGCUGUGAUGUGCUGAGGUGAUUUUAGCUUGGCUGUCCUGCUCCUCUCAUGCAGACUGAGGACCGGUUCGUUGAGGCAGCGUAUUCCUAACGAUGAACAGUCUGGAAGGCGUUUCGUUUCAGACGCCCGCCGGCUCACUGGGGGAGACUCGGAGCCAGCUUGCACCGGCAGGGAAGCCAGACUUCCCAGUCCCCGAUUGCCGUCAGAUACUGCGAGACACCAAGUACGACUUUGCCCUUGAACGCCGGGUGCUGAUUGGCUACGAGCCUGGCUAUCAAAGAAGAGAAGCAUGGCCCGCCUCCCUGGUGCAGAGGCUCCCCAAGCCUCCGUCCUGCCCUCCGUUCUCCAUGAUGUUCAGCGGCCUUCAGGAGGGCUCCUGGGCCGGUCCGAGGAGGAGCGACCAGCGGGACCAAGGCCCUCGGCCCCGGAGCCACAGCCUGAACGCCGCAGACAUCCGGCGCCUGCACCCCCGCACGGCCCGCUUCCGCGUCCUCAACCCCGACGACGAGGCCGGGUACUCGGAGGACGACGAGGGCUCGUCCACCGACGACGGGGUCCGCCGCUUUGCGGUCAGAGAGCGCUCCAGCAGCUGUUCCCCAAAGGACACGCCCCCCAGAUUCAGGGAGCUCCACGCCGGCUCCUCUGCGCCGCACUGUAAGCACCAGGGCCAGGCCCGGCCUCUGUCUGCCUCCAGCGGCCGCAGACAGCCGUCGCUGGAGCAGAGCCUGCACGGCAGCCCCCCCUGUCCAGGGGGGAAGCACUGCAGGAAGAAGCAGGCCUCCCUGGGCUCCGUGAACAAGAAGUACGCAGCCGGCGGCGGAGCGCAGUCCGUCUGCGGCUCUCAGGUCAGGCCCCAGCAGCCGAGGCCGUCCUCCGCGGGAUCGACAGUCAAGAGCCACAGGCAGAAGACCCUGAGAGUGGUGGGACCCCGCGAGGUUUCCUUCGACCAUUCCGAGGAGCUGCUGUCGGCCCUCAGCGAGGACGAGCGAGAGCUGCUGGGGGCCGUCACAAGGAAAGGCUUCCCGCUACGCAAGGCCAUCCUGGCCCUGCAGAAGACGGCCUACCGGAACCCCGAGCAGAUCCUGAGUUACCUGGGGGCCACCAGUCAUCUGUGUGAGUUGGGAUACGAGGAGUCCCAGGUAGAGGAGGCCCUGGAGAUGUUCCAGAACUCUGAGAGCAAGGCUUCCGAGUUCCUGAGAGUCCUGACCCAGUUCCAGGAGAUGGGCUUCCAGCAGAGCGCUAUCAAAGCGGUUCUCCUGGUCCACGAGAACAACCGUGAGAGGGCUCUGGAGGAGCUCAUGACUCACACAGCCUAACACAAAUCUCCCUGCUUUCUUGCAGCAUUUCACGAAGGAACGACCCCUUUUGGUCGGUCCCACUCGGAAUUCUGAGAGUAUACCAAGUUGCUAAAUGCUCUAAAUGUAAAUGUGAAUGUGAGUAAUUUUAAAUGUAAAACUCUUAAUGAAUGUUAAAUGCUUACUGUUUCGACAUUUUGACUAGAAAUAGGGAUUUUGAUUGUUCCUGACUAAUAGUCAAAUUUUAGAGGUGUUGAUGUGUACCAAGCUCGUGAUAAUUGCGAUAAACUUUUUGUUUCAUCUUGAAAUCUUGAAAUAAAGGGAAUGAUGAACACCUGC